AGAUACCCAAAUCGUGAAUGAAUACUACUGUUAAUUUACAUCGAGCAUUCUCCGUUACCAAUCCCACACCUGUUUGAGGAUCGCGCGAGACAGGAAUAGCAUAUGCCCACACUUAAGGCCUAUCACGAGGAGCCAUGACGAUCAAAGCGCAAACCCCGAGUUUUGAUGCAAUCAUCGCGCGCAGAGGCUGUGUGGGUUUUCAGGCUGUUCAUUCGAUCGGCGCGCGCAGCCACGUGCCACUAGCCGAUGUGGUGGCUGUGUGUCCGUGGGUGGCCUCACGCGAAGCGCGUUUGAACUUCGUGAGUCGAAAAUUAAAUGUCGUACAUCCCACUCGUAUCGCGGUGAACAAAGACUCUACGACGUGUCAAAUUCAUCUAGAUCGGUCGCGAUUCCGUUGCUUAUCAGCAUACAUCAUUGUUUCUCCCUUACAAGCUCAUCUGUUCAUACAUCAUCCAUCCUACAGGGGGUCUCGUUUAGCACCUACCACCGACUACCAAAUUCACCCAAACCCUGAGCCAAUCUCACCAAUCCCAUCCAAGAUGAAUUACGCCCCAGUCGAAGCCAAUACGGAAGAGUUCACAACUGAGCAUAAUGAACCAAAAGACUGCUGUACACGAUGUAUUCAGCGGCUCGACUGCACAUUAGCAGGACCUUGGUGCAUCGAAGCCAUCAUUGCUUGUUUUGCCAGUAUGGGAGAUUGCUUGGGCGAUUGUUGUAGUAGUUGUGGGGACUGUUGUGGAGAUUGCUGUACCGAAUGUAUCAAGGUUUGUACCCCAUGAGAGUUGUCAAAAAGGAGGGGGAAGAGUGGGGAGGGGUCUUCAUGGGUUC